GUGGGGGCGGGAGGGAGGUGCCACCAGGCACCCAAGGGUGGUCUUGUCCACCUACCUAGCCAUGGAAGGGCCGUGCCGCUGGCUGCUGCUGCUGCUGCUCUUGGGGGUGUCCAAGGGGAAAGUGAAGGAGGAUUGUGCCACCAACCUGUACACCGAGAGUGGCGAGUGCUGUCAAGCAUGCAACCUGGGCGAGGGUGUGGCCCAGCCCUGUGGGGUCAACCAGACUGUCUGUGAGCCUUGCCUAGACAGUGUGACUUUCUCAGACACAAUCAGUGCCACAGAAGCCUGCAAGCCAUGCACUGAGUGUGUGGGGCUGCAGAGCAUGUCUGCACCCUGCGUGGAGGCUGACGAUGCUGUGUGCCGUUGUGCCUACGGAUACUACCAAGACGAAGAGUCAGGGCUCUGCAAGCCUUGCAGUGUGUGCGAGCCAGGCUCUGGCCUCGUCUUCUCCUGCCAAGAUAAGCAGAACACGGUCUGCGAGGAGUGCCCUGAGGGCACCUACUCAGAUGAGGCCAACCACGUGGACCCCUGCCUGCCCUGCACAGCCUGUGAGGAGACCGAACGAGAGACCCGGGAAUGUACCCGAUGGUCCGACAGGGAGUGUGAGGAGAUCCCAGCCCGAUGGACAACCCGGACCACACCUCUGCUGAGCUCUGACAGCCCACCCCCAAUGACCCAGGAGCCCCCUGAGCCCCCAGAACCUGAAGCUGAGGCUAGCACGGUGGCUGAUGUGGUGACCACUGUGAUGGGCAGCUCCCAACCUGUAGUGACCAGAGGCACCACUGAUAAUCUCAUCCCUGUCUACUGCUCCAUCCUGGCUGCUGUGGUUGUGGGUCUGCUGGCCUACAUUGUCUUCAAGAGGUGGAACAGCUGUAAGCAGAACAAACAAGGUGCCAACAAUCGGCCUGUGAACCAGACGCCAUCACCAGAGGGGGAGAAGCUACACAGUGACAGCGGCAUCUCUGUGGAUAGCCAGAGCCUCCAUGACCAGCAGCCCCAGACUCAGACAGCUCAAGUCCAAGCUCUCAAGGGGGAUGGAGGUCUCUACAGCAGCCUCCCACCAGCCAAACGGGAAGAAGUGGAAAAGUUGCUCAACAGCUCAUCCGAGGACACAUGGCGACACCUGGCUGGGGAGCUGGGCUACUUGCCCGAGCAUAUAGACUCCCUCACCCGAGAGGACUGCCCUGUGCGGGCUCUGCUCGACAACUGGGCUGCCCAGGACAGCGCCACCCUGGAUGCCCUCUAUGCUGCCCUGCGCCGGAUCCAGAGGGGGGACAUUGUGGAGAACCUCUAUAGCGAGUCCACUGCCACCUCCCCUGUCUGAGCAGGCAUCGGGCUUCCCCUCCCUCCCCUCAACCCCUUCCCCUCAGCAUCCCAUGGGGCAGAGCCCUUCAGAUGUGAAGGAAACCGGAGAGGGAGGAGAGACUUCCUUCCACCCAAGGGGACAUUCACCCUCUUGGCUAAUGGUUAUCACUGGGGUGUCUUCCCCUUCACUCCCUCAGCAGGUCCUCAGACCCCCUUUCAGACUGUCUGACACUCGAGCCAAAUCCCUAAGGAGCUCCACUGGAGGGCAAAGCACUCUCUUCUCUCCAGGGAAUAGAGGUCAAAGGUCAGGGAGCGGGAAUCCGGUUCUUUUCCUCACUUUCCCUCUCUUGACCAUCCUGAUUUCCAUCCGUAAUAGCGCUCCCUCCACUCUCACCUCCCUCUUUCCUGUACCCCUUCCUGCUUAAUAGGAAUACUGCACUGGGUGUCUGGUUAUGGAGAAGGAGCUUGGGGUGGAGGGUAAGGAGAAAAGACAUCCUCUUCCCCCUAUGACUACAAGCUCAGUGACAGAAAGGGGACUUGGUAGGAAACAGGAAAAUAUUGUCAUAUGGACUUGACACUGUGAACCCUGGGGGUGGAACUGUCCUCUGAUGAGCUUUUAUUCCUAACUGUUCUAUUAUUCCUACUCUACCCUUCUGGCCAGAGCCCCAGUCAGUGAAAAAUGGCGGAAUCUUACAAAGUCAGACUUGGCAAGGACCUAAGCAACCACCCCUCCUUUUACAGACAAGUACACUGAGGCCCAGAGAAGGGGAAAUGAUUUGCCCAAGGUCACACAAACACUCAUCACUGAUGAUGGAUUCUUCCCCCUUUUAAGGAAGUAGAAAAGGGGAAAAUAGAGGAAUUUCCCUUGCAGAUACAGGUUCACCCCUACCCCUGACUUCUAGGUGUCCCUACUCCUUUGCCAAAGGGACCAGGGCCAUGGGACAGAGCUUUUUUUUUUUUUUUUGAAUUUUUUUUUUUGGUGAGGCAGUUGGGGUUAAGUGACUUACCCAGGGUCACACAGCUAGUAAGUGUUAAGUGUCUGAGGCCGAAUUUGAACUCGGGUCCUCCUGAAUCCAGGGCCGGUGCUCUAUCCACUGCGCCACCUAGCUGCCCUGGGACAGAGCUAUUUUGAUCAAUGUGUGACUGAGGAAUCCAACUGAUGGCUACUACCCUCACUAGGGCCCCCCACCCAUCCCAUCCCAUCACUCACACACACACACACACACACACACACACACACACAUUUUUCUCUUCAACAACUAUUUUUUGUCUCUUGGGCUGGGACAGGAUCCCGUCUCGGGAAGCUGCCAGAGAAGAUUCUGAGGGAAUUUGGAAUCUGUCCUCCCUCUUUAUUUUCUUCACCCCGGGUUUGGCGGCUCCAGCCCUGGACCAAGCCAGUGAUCCCCCACCCCUUCUCUCCUCCCACCACCCCACCCCCUCCAGAGCAGGAGAACAGAGGCAGGCUGAUCAUAUGGGAAUGUCUUUUUCUCCACCCCAGCUCCUAGACACCUUGGGAGGGGCAGCAGAGUUCCUUCCAUUGAGGUUGCAAGCCCAAUUAGGUCUGGGAUGAAGGAUGAAGGCUGAUCAGAUCUAAGCUGGGGGCCAGGCAGGGGAGGAUCUGUUUGAGGGGGUAAACUUCAGAAUCAGAGAAGCAGCAUGGUUGGGACGAUUAGAUUGUGCUCAGCAAGAGAUCCCUCCCAUGUAUCGGGGACUUGGAAGGGACUUCUCUUCCCAUCUUGGUCAUCAGACAGAUGAAGGACAGAGGGGAAUGACCAUCAUGUUUAUCAAUGCAAUUUCCACUGCCCUCUGCUCCCAUCCUGCUUCACUCGGGCCUGGAAAAGUGAUGUUGCAAUAACCAUGAUCCUCUUUCUUCUUAUCCUGGAGUAAAGAAGAGAUCUCAGCCUCUGGCAGAAGCCUGCUGAGUGCCCCUUCCUCUUGGGUUGGGAGAGGGCUCUCCAGGCCUUGUGUAAGAAAGCAAGGAUUUUUUUUUUAUUUUAAUUUUUUUGGCAUGAAGGCAGGGCAGGAUCAUGAAGGAAACUGUGGAGACCCAGAAACUGUAUAUAAUGCCAUCUCCUUGACUCGGUUCUCUCUGGGGAAAUGAGAGGCUUGUCCUCGUGGUCACUCCCUGAAGUAGAGUUUUAUUUAUUUCUCCCUCCCUUUGAGAAGGAGGGAAUUGGCAUGUGGGUGGGGGUGGGAGUUGCUCCACUUGGGAGAAGGUUUUGCAAGUAUGUUUUAGCAUGUGUAUGGGUGCUUGGCCCCUCUAACCCUGAAAUUACUUUUUCUACCCCACCCCCACUGGAUCAGAGGUGACGUGCCCCCAUUUCCUCCAUGGGAACUGGGGACUCUUGUCCACACCCUCCAGAUCCAUCCCUUUAUUUGCCCACCCUCCUGUCCUCUUGCAUCCUGUGUAAUUGUCUCUUGAACCUUCUUAAAACCAACACAUAAAACAUAAAGGAUGAUAAUUAAAUAGCAAAAAAAAAAAGUACAGAUUUUUCUGGGAAUAAAUAUUGGGGGAAGAGGUAAAAAUGAAAAGG